UGGUACAACCAAAAAGUUCUUCUUGUUCAAGUGGCAACUCUCUCUCUGUCUUCCGGUAAAACGUUUCAAAAAUCCAAAGCCCCCACAAAAACCAAAAACCAAUUCCCAUCUCUCACUCACUGUUUUCAUCAAAAUUUAGAUUCAAUUCCCCCAUUUUUCUCUCCCAAUUACAGAGAAUUAGAGUGAGAGAGACGAAGUUUUUGAGAGAGUGGAAAUAAAGAUAGGAAGAACUGGAGCCUUCACAGGAAACAACGACUCAGUCCUCAUUGAAGGCACAACCGGGUAACGGAAAGAUCCGGUACAGAUCACCUUCAUCUGUAGAACUAGAAGGUCAAAAUUACUUACUGCAACAACAACAAGAUCAACAUCACAAUAAUCAUAAUAAUCAAGUAGUAGAUUCAUUAGAUCUAGAUUCACAAUUAGAUAAAAUGUUGAAAAGAACAAGACAAGAAUCAUUCUCAGAUAAGAUCCAUAAAUACAGAGGUGUUAUUUUAAUUGUGUCAAUUCCUCUUCUUCUCAUCACUUUUGUUCUCUUUCUUAUGCCCCAUUCCUCCUCUGAUGCCCUCAUUACUAAUCGUUUCGUCACUCCUAACCAUCGCGGUGGUAGUAGAUCAUAUGCUGUCAUCUUUGAUGCUGGUAGUUCUGGUAGUAGAGUUCAUGUUUACUGUUUUGAUAGUGAUUUGAAUCUCGUCCCCAUUGGUAAAGAACUCGAACUUUUCGUACAGAAAAAACCGGGUUUGAGUGCAUAUGCCAGUGAUCCUCGUGAAGCCGCAGAAUCACUUCAGUCGCUACUUGAGCAAGCUGAGAAGGCUGUACCAAAAGAGCUUCGUAGUAAAACACCAGUUAGAGUUGGGGCGACAGCAGGUCUGAGGCAACUAGAAGGUGAUGCGUCUGAUAGGAUUUUGCAGUCGGUGAGGGAUUAUCUUCAAGAGAAGAGUGCAUUGAAAUCACAACCUGAUUGGGUCACAGUUCUAGAUGGAACUCAGGAAGGUGCUUUUCAGUGGGUCACCAUAAACUAUCUGCUUGGGAAUCUAGGAAAGAAAUACUCGAACACAGUUGGAGUCGUUGAUCUUGGUGGUGGAUCUGUUCAAAUGGCUUAUGCUAUUUCAGAGAAAGAUGCUGCAAAAGCUCCCAAAUUAUCAGAUGGGGAGGAUACAUAUGUGAAGGAACUGUUUCUUAAAGGAACCAAAUAUUACCUUUAUGUUCACAGCUACUUGCGUUAUGGCUUAUUAGCAGCUCGAGCUGAGAUUCUGAAGGCAGCAGAGGGCUCUGGCAAUCCGUGCAUCUUGACUGGCUCUCGCGGUUCGUACAAAUACGGUGGAGCAGAAUUUGAUGCAUCGUCUACUUCUUCCGGUUCCAACAUGAACAAGUGCAGGAGAGCAGCCUACAAGGCUCUCCAAGUUAAUGAAUCAACAUGUACUCACAUGAAGUGUACAUUUGGUGGGAUAUGGAAUGGUGGUGGCGGGGACGGACAAAAGAACCUCUUUGUUGCCUCAUUUUUCUUCGACAGAGCAGCUGAGGCCGGUUUUGUUAAUUCCAACUUGCCGGUUGCUAAAGUCCGGCCCGUUGACUUUGAGGAAGCUGCUAAGCGUGCUUGUGAAACGAAACUGGAAGAUGCCAAGACUACUUACCCUCGUGCUGAGGAGGGUAACUUGCCCUAUAUAUGCAUGGACCUUGUGUAUCAGUUCACGUUGCUCGUUGAUGGGUUUGGUAUGUUAAAGUUCACAAACAUGUAACCGUUCUAGUAGGUUCCUUGUUGCUCGUUGAUGGGUUUGGUCUAGAUCCAUGGCAAGACAUCACGUUGGUGAAGCAAGUGAAAUAUGGGAAUUCUUUGGUGGAAGCUGCAUGGCCUCUAGGGAGUGCUAUUGAAGUUGCGUCAGCAUCAAAAUAAAUAGAUCCAGAUUGAUACUUAAGCUGCCUUUAUUGUUCAGAAUUUUUUGUGACAAGGACGACGUCAACAUAAAUCAUGCUUGUGCAAUGCUCUAAAAUCUCAAGUUUGACUGGCAACACCGUUCCGGUUCAUCUUCGCUCAGGUGCAAUUGCACCUCCAGUAGAUUUUUCUUUUUGGGUGUCUAAUUUUGAGAUAUGGUAGAGGAGGGGAGUAUGAUUCAUUAUCCAUUUGUAAUUUAAUUCUUACACAAAAAUGUCAUUUUUUUUUUAACUUCAGAGUAAAUUUAGCAUAUUCUUUCUGGUAGGCAGAAAAAAUGAAAUGUUUCUACGUAUCCAUCUCAGUUAAAGAAGAUUAUUGAUCGAGUUUUAUUUC